AUAUCAACACAAUCACCAUAUGUACGUAUCGCCGACUAUCGAUUACCUUCUGACUCGUCUUUUUUUAAUAAAUUGACAAUUAAUAAAUUAAAUAGUUUAAAUAAAAAUGUCGCUGAACUACGAAGAAAUGAGUUGGUCAGAUGUGCGAGAUCAGUUUAGAAAAUGGCGCGAGGAGUCUGGACGCCAUAGUGAGGAUGUGGUACAAUUGUGGAUAGCCGUACUCGAGGACAAAGUCUACAAAACAGGCAACGAAAGACAUUUGAUACUCGAACAAGUAAUCGUUGCUGCAUUGGAUACAGCACGUUUUGACAUUGCUACAAAAUGUACAAAGCAAUUGAGUGCCGAAUUCCCAGGUAGCUUGCGUGUGAUGAAGUUUAAGGCAAUGCGAUUGGAAGCACUUGAGCAGUACGAUGCCGCCAACGAAGUGUUAGAUGCCAUCAUUGAGAAGGACGAGACAAAUGCGGCGCCGCGUAAAAGGAAAAUAGCUAUAAUGAAAGCACGCGGAUUACGUUUGGAUGCAAUUAAGGAACUUAAUGCAUAUCUGAAAAAAUUCAUGUCGGAUCAGGAGGCAUGGCAGGAGCUCUGCAACUUGUACUUGGCCGAAGGUGAGUUCGGCAAGGCAGCCUUUUGUAUGGAAGAGGUUCUGCUCCACAAUCCCCACAGUCAUCUUAUACAUCAGCGACUGGCGGAUAUCCGAUAUACCAUGAGUGGCGUUGAAAAUAUUGAAAUUGCUCGCACGUAUUACUCGCAAGCCAUCAAGCUAAAUCCGCACAAUUUGCGAGCACUCUAUGGUUUAUUUUUAUGCUGCAGCUAUUUGGCAAACUCUAAAGCUGUUAGCUUGAAGCGUAAAGAGUCACAAAAGUUGGCACAAUGGGCAUUGGAGCAAGCCAUGGAUCAUACUACAAGGCAUUCAUCAAUCAAUAACAAUGACAAGUGGAUUGCUUCAUUGGAUUUAGCUUUUGGCAAUCUGGAGAUCAAGUCAAAUUAGUCAAUAGGUACUGCCGAUAUAUUUAGCAUAUAAAUUAUUCCAAAUAUGCCUAAAAAUGCGACUACUAUUUAAAGCACCAACCACAAACAUAUAUAGAUAAACAA